AUGUAUGCCAAUACGACCGUCUCAAGCUAUCUUUUCACGCUCGGUCCCACCCAACAACAUUACCUCUCGACAGCACAGCCCUUCUACUACAGCCCUAAGGCGCAUCUACUCUCACCGCUUCCUGAUAAUUAUCUUGCCCUCGCUGCACCUGUCUUUACCUACUGGGCAUCGUCUCUCUUCUUCCAUGUCCUGGACAUCUCAAAUUGGCAUUGGCUGGAGAAGCACCGAAUUCAUGAAUCUGCUGAAGUCAAAUCGCGGAAUCUUGCCACACGUUGGCAGGUAAUUCGUGCGGUGCUCCUGCAGCAACUUGUCCAAACUGUCCUUGGCUAUCUCUGGAUGGGUGAACAAGUUUCGGGCGCUGGGGUCGAUCAUAUUGGAAAUAUGAUGCGCUUGGGCCUCAUGCUGAUGCGAGUGCUAUCCUUGACGGUGGGGGAGAAUGCCGGUGGUCGGAUUCUCGAGUCGUACGGCGCUCAGUUGCUAUAUGCGAUCUACUGGUGGGCAAUCCCAAUUGCCAAGUUCUUCUUUGGCAUGUUCAUCAUCGACACCUGGCAAUACUUCCUACAUCGUGGGAUGCACAUGAACAUUUGGUUGUAUAAACAGUUCCACUCCGUACACCAUCGCUUGUACGUGCCAUAUGCGUUCGGGGCACUCUACAACCAUCCACUCGAAGGGUUACUUCUCGACACAUUGAGCGCUGGUCUUGCGGAGCUGUUCUCCGGUAUGACCAUGCGAGAGGCGACCAUGUUAUUCUGCAUCUCGACUCUUAAGACGGUAGACGACCAUUGUGGUUAUAGACUGCCCUUCGACCCACUCCAGCUCGUGUCUGGUAACAACGCCGAUUAUCAUGACAUCCAUCAUCAGAUCGUCGGUAUCAAAUCCAACUUCUCGCAACCGUUCUUCAUUCACUGGGAUGUCUUUUUGGGUACGCGAAUGACGCGUCAAGACAUUGAACAGCGCCGCCAAAAGCAGAAGAAAACCCUGUGA